CAUUAAACUCAGCAAACAUCAAAUUACCUUGUCAUAUUCUAUAAAAGUUUCUAAUUACUCACAAUUUCUGAGGUGUUUUUUUUUUUUUUUUUUUUUUAGUAGAUUACUUUAAACUUUCUACAGUGUACUAUUGUGUGCUGCUGUGCAUGCCUACUGGGGCUGAUGUUGCUCCUACUACCUGAGGAAUACCUUUUAGCUACUUUUCCAAUGGGCAAAGCCUUGAUUAUUGCUAGGGUCAAUUUACAUGUCACCUAGGAGGAGUGCCUUCACUAAGAAAAGUGUUCCCUGCCUGUUCGCUUACCUCCUUCCCCAGAAUUUGCCCUUCUGUGCCUUUUUCACUUGUUCAUGCCUCUUCUUAUAGUAUCUACUGCAUUGAUGAUCAUAUUUUUCCUGAGGAUUCUGAGCUCACUAAGGGCUAGUUUAUCACCUAGUGAUCUUUCUGUCUUCAGCUUUUAACACAAGGUGGCUUUUUUCCUUUUUUUUUUUUUUUUUGAACUUAUUGGAGUGAUACUGGUUACUAAAAUUGUAUAGGUUUCAGGUGUACAAUUUUAUAAUAUAUGACCUAUAUAAGGUCAGCUUUUUUAAUAAAUAUUUGUGGGUUUGUUAAUUGUUGUGUUAAAUUUAGAGUAGUAGUGACUAUACAGAUAUGGGAGAUAUUCCAUAUCCCCUAUAGUCAUAGCCUACUCAUCUUUUUAAAAAGAUCUUUUUUUCUUUUGCCUGGAGAGAUAUCUGCACAGAGGAGCGUAUUUGUCUGGCAUAGUUAGUUUGAAUUUGUGACAAUUAAAAACUGGAAAUUUUGUGUGUUGCCCAAAAUCAAUAUUGCAUUUCUUGAUGGUUUAUUCCAGGAGACUAACAGCAGUUUUCACUUUCUGGUCUCAGGGCUCUUUUGUAUUCUGAAAUUAUCGAGGACUCAGGAGAGCUCUUGUUUAUGGCAACCGUAUCAACUACUAUUUACCAUAUUAGAACUUUUAAAGGAAAAAAAUUGUAAACACAGGAAUGCAUAGGGCUGUAUUCCAUUAGCCACCAGUACAGUGACAUACACCAUGUAGCCCCUGGACAACUUCACUGCACUUACGAGAGAAAAGGAUAAAAGAGGAGAUGACAGUUCAGUGUUGUGAAACCAGUCGACCUCGUGUGCCCCCUGCAUGGGUCCCGGGGACCUCUGAGGUCUGUGGACCACACUUUGAGGAGAACUGCUUUCAGAAAUUUACUCGUCUAAUUACCAAUAGAAUAUUAAUAAUGUUUUAACCCAGCUCAUGUGUUUGUGGAUUAGUAAAUUGUUAGGUUUUUAAAAUAUCUACACAGCUUAUCACAUUACCUACUCUUCUAUUAAUGUCUAGACAUAAAAUGUGCUGGAACUUGUUGCUGUUGUUGGCUGGGCAGCUAUGAGACAGAGAUGCUUACUCAAGGAGAAGUCAUUUUAUUUGUGGAUACUUGAACACUGAUAUUUCCAUUUACUGAAGAACAGAAGAUGAAAAAGGAGAAUCAGGAUAUUCACUAAGGAUUAAAUCUGCUUGCUGCUGUACACCUAUGUGUUAAGAACUUCUGCUUCUUCUUGCUUAGAAGUCGAUCAUCUCUGUGGUCAGACUGCAUUAGAGUUUGCCUCUUAUCUUGUCAUUGCCAGAAGAAAUCCUGGUCAGAAUGGAACAGUACAUCACUAUUUAAUUAUUAUGGAAGAUGAUAAACUGACACUCGUUUAUUAAAGUUAUAUCUCUCUCACCCACAGAAAACAUUCUUUAAAGUGAAUAGAAACCUAGCCCUCGUGAACACUUCUAUUGAACAUGACUCAUGGAGAAGAGCUUGGCUCUGAUGUGCACCAGGAUUCUAUUGUUUUAACUUACCUAGAAGGAUUACUAAUGCAUCAGGCAGCAGAAGGGUCAGGUACGGCCGUUGACAAAAAGUCUGCUGAGCGCAAUGAAGAAGAUCAGAACUUUAACGUUUCUGGUAAUGCAUAUCCUACCUGUCACAGUAAUGGUCCAGUUCUCAAUACACAUACAUAUCAGGGAUCUGGCAUGCUGCAUCUCAAAAAAGCUCGACUGUUGCAGUCUUCUGAGGACUGGAAUGCAGCAAAGCGGAAAAGGCUGUCUGAUUCCAUCGUAAAUUUAAACGUAAAGAAGGAAGCUUUGCUAGCUGGCAUGGUUGACAAUGUACCUAAAGGCAAACAGGAUAGCACAUUACUGGCCUCUUUGCUUCAGUCAUUCAGCUCUAGGCUGCAGACUGUUGCUCUGUCACAGCAAAUUAGGCAGAGCCUCAAGGAGCAAGGAUAUGCCCUCAGUCAUGAUUCUUUAAAAGUAGAGAAAGAUUUAAGGUGCUAUGGUGUUGCAUCAAGUCACUUAAAAACUUUGUUGAAGAAAAGUAAAGCUAAAGAUCAAAAGCCUGAUACCAAUCUUCCUGACGUAACUAAAAGCCUCAUCAGAGAUAGGUUUGUGGAAUCACCUCAUCAUAUUGGACAAAGUGGAGCAAAGGUCAUGAGUGAACCCUUAUCCUGUGCUGCAAGACUACAGGCCGUUGCAAGCAUGGUGGAAAAAAGGGCUAGUCCUGCCACUUCACCCAAACCUAGUGUUGCUUGUAGUCAAUUAGCAUCUCUUUCAAGUGAAGCCCAUUUACAGCAGUAUUCUCGAGAACAUGCUUUAAAAACACAAAAUGCAAAUCAAGCAGCAAGUGAAAGACUUGCUGCUAUGGCCAGGUUACAAGAAAAUGGCCAGAAGGAUGUCAGCAGUUUCCAGCUCUCAAAAGGAAUGUCAGGCCAUCUUAAUGGUCAAGCAAGAACAUCAUCAAGCAAACUAAUGGCUAACAAAAGUACAUUUCAAAAUCUGGGUACUGUUCCUUCUUCCCCCAAAAAUGCAAGCUAUAAGAACUCACAGGAAAGAAACAACAUAAAACAAGCUGCUAGCAAUAGCUUGCUUUUACAUCUUCUUAAAAGCCAGACCAUACCUAAGCCGAAUGGACACAAUCACAGUGAGAGAGGAAGCAUAUUUGAGGAUAGUAGUACACCUACAACUAUUGAUGAAUAUUCAGAUAAUAACCCUAGUUUCACAGAUGAUAGCAGUGGUGAUGAAAGUUCUUAUUCCAACUGUGUUCCCAUAGACUUGUCUUGCAAACACAGAAUUGAAAAACCAGAACCUGACCAGCCUGUUUCUCUGGAUAACUUAACUCAAUCGUUGCUGAACACUUGGGAUCCAAAAGUCCCUGAUGUAGAUAUCAAAGAAGAUCAAGAUACCUCAAAGAAUUCUAAGCUAAAUUCACACCAGAAAGUAACACUUCUUCAAUUGCUACUUGGCCAUAAGAAUGAAGAAAAUGUAGAAAGAAACAACAGCCCUCAGGAAGUACAGAGUGAUGUGACAAAGUUCGGUAAACAGACUUAUGCCAGGACGUCUGUAAUAGAAAGCCCCAGUACACAUAGGACUACUCCAGUGAGCACUCCUCCAUUACUUGCAUCCACCAAAGCGGAGUCUCCCAUCAAUCUUUCUCAGCACUCUCUGGUCAUCAAAUGGAAUUCCUCACCGUAUGCCUGCAGCACUCAGUCUGAAAAGCCAACAAAUACCACAUCUAACCACUUGAUGGACCUCACAAAAAGCAAAGAAUCACAAGAAGAGAAACCAGUGCAAAAUGAAAGUGCACAGAACUCUGCGACUUUCAGUGCAAGUAAACUGUUACAGAAUUUAGCGCAGUGUGGAAUGCAGCCUUCCACUUCAGGGGAAGAGCAGAGACCCAGUAAACAGCUCAGCAUAAAUACGGAUAAACCUGUUGGUAUGAUCGAUAGAUUUGGUAGCCCUCUGCUCUCAAAUAAAACAAAUGCAGUUGAAGAAAAAGCCUUCAGUUGUCAAGCAACAGGUUCUGAACCAAGACUUUCUGGUUCUGAAAUAGAAAAUCUUCUUGAAAGGCGCACUGUUCUUCAGUUGCUCCUGGGAAACCCCAACAAAGGGAAGAGUGAAAAAAAAGAGAAAAUUCCUUUAAGAGAUGAAAGUACUCAGGAACAUACAGAUAGAGCUUUAAGUGAACAAAUAUUGAUGGUAAAAAUAAAAUCUGAGCCUUGCGAUGACUUACAUAUUCAUAAUACAAAUGUGCACUUGAGCCAUGAUGCUAAGGGUGCCCCAUUCUUAGGUGUGGCUCCUCCUGUGCAGAGAAGCACAGCUGCCUUACCAGCUUCCGAGGACUUUAAAUCGGAGCCCAUUUCACCUCAGGAUUUUUCUUUCUCAAAGAAUGGUCUGUUAAGUCGAUUGCUGAGACAAAAUCAAGAGAGUUACCCAGCGGAUGAUCUGGACAGCAGUCACAGGAACAGUGAACUGACACUUUUAGAAUCUAAGAAUCUUUGCAUGGUCCCUAAAAAAAGGAAGCUUUACACUGAGCCAUUAGAAAACUCACUUAAAAAGAUGAAAAAUAACAGUGGCCCAGAGGUACUGUAUGGGUCCUUGGUUAACCAACAAGAGCUGAAAUUUACCAGAAAUAAUCUAGAAUUUAAAUACCCUGCCAGUCAUGGUUCAGCCAGUGAAAGUGAACAUAGGAGUUGGACCAGAGAGAGCAAAAGCUUCAAUGUUCUGAAACAGCUGCUUCUCUCCGAAAAUUGUGUUAGAGUGUCCCAGCACAGGAGUAACUCUGUCGUCGAGAAUAAAAAGAAAGGACACAAAAAUAAUGUGACCAAUAGCAAACCUGACUUGAGCGUUUCUUCUGUAAAUGGACUGAUGUACAGUUCUGCUCAGCCCAACAGUUGCAUGGAUAACAGGACAUUUCCGUACCCAGGAGUAGUAAAAACUCCCAUGAGUCCUCCUUUUCCUGAGCACUUGGGCUGUGCGGGGUCUAGACCGGAGUCUGGGCUUUUGAAUGGGUGUUCCACGCCCAGUGACAAGGGACCCAUUAAGUGGGUUAUUGCAGAUGUGGAUAAGAGUGAGUAUGAAAAAGACUCUCCUAGACUAAAAACUAACCCAAUACUGUAUUACAUGCUCCAAAAAGGAGGCAAUUCUGUUACCAGUCGAGAAACACAGGACAGAGACAUUUGGAGGGAGCCUUCAUCUGUUGAAAGUGUCCCACAGGUUACAAUCAAAGAAGAGUUACUUCCUACUGCAGAAACUAAAGCUUCUUUCUUCAAUUUAAGAAGCCCUUAUAAUAGCCAUAUGGGAAAUAAUGCCUCUUGCCCACACAGCACAAAUGGAGAAGUUUAUGGACUUCUGGGAAAUAUGCUAACAAUAAAAAAGAAUCAGAAUAAAAUUUACCUGAUAUCAGCUUUGGAUUUUUUAAAACUAAUUAGUAUGAACUUGAGAUCUGUAUAAAUAAGAGCAUGAUUUGAGAAAAGCAUGGUAUAACAAACUUUUUUCAUUUUGAAAAGUAUUGGUUACUGGUGAUGUUUAAAUUUGCAUUCUGCUUUUUGCUUUAUGUUAGAUGUCAUAAGGAAACAACUGAAUUAGCAAUUGGUUGUUUAACACUUCUGUAUGCAUCAGAUGACAACUGUGAGUAGCCUAUCAAUGAAAUUCUUUAUAAUCACAGUAGGCAUAAAUUAAAAUGUAAAUUUCCAUCCAUAAUGGAUAAAUGCAUUUUGCUGACUUUAUGAGGGUACUUUAUUUUGCUUUUCAGAAGUCAGGCUACAUAACAUUUUUUUCAGCCCAAACUGUUAAAUAACUCUCUAAAGGAUAAUUAUUGAAUAAAAAACUUAGUGCUGAUUCACUUUUCAUUAUCAAUUCAAAAGUAAAUUAGAAAAAAAUGUGCUUACAUUUUUCACUUUUGCUAAAAACAAACAAACAUUUAUUUUUAACUCUUGGAAAGGAUUUUGUGGUUCCCAUUGUGUCUUCCCCACCCUGGUCCUUUGCAAUAUCUAUUUCUUUAAACCUUGUACUACUUAGUAAAAAUUGAUACCAAUUGAUUGAAGUUUGAUAGAUCCUUUAAAAAAAAGGGGCAGAUUUUCAGUUUUGUAUUUUAACUACUUUAUUAAAUUAAUAUUCCUCCUUUUACAGAAUUAAGAAAGUUAACAUUUAUCUUCAGGUGGUUUCCUGAAUAGCUGAAAAUUUAAGAAGUUGUUUUUAACAGAAGCAAAAUGGCUUUUCUUUGGGCAGUUUCACCAUCUCUGGUCCCUGUGAGUCUUAUGGCCAAAGUUUCUUAAAGCUAGACUCAGGCCACCUGCAUUAGAACCAUCCGGAGUAUUUAUUUUAAAAUGUGCAUUCCUAGGCAGCGCCUCAGAGCUACAGAACAAGAAUCUCUGCUAAUGGACCUGGGAGUCUUCCAUCUGCAUCUGAACACAUUUAAGAAGCCCCCUAGGUGUUUCUUCUACACACUGAAGUUUGAGAACCAUUGCUUAUAACUUCACAGAACACAGGACUAUAAAAAAAAAACAAAAAAAACCAUUUGAUGCCUAUAUUUUCCCCAGUACAGUCACAUACUAACUAAAUAUUUGCAAUAUUGUAGUUUAUAUUAUCGUUAUAUCUUUGGAAAUCGGGUUCAGAGCACUUUUUAUGACAAAAAAAA